CAGCUCAGCUUGUCAUCGACCAAAUUUCAAGAUGGACGGGACCGGACACUUGUCCUCAAAAAAUGGCUUCUAGUAAUAUAGAAGACAUCCUCUCUUUCGCUUCUAGUGAUAGAGAAGACAUCCUCUCUGGGACUAUCGACGAUAGUGAAGACAUCCUCUCUUGGGCUAUCGACGAUAGUGAAGACGAUCUCGAAGACGACACCGAAUCUCUUGCAUCUUUAGAGACCGACGACGGACAAGAUCAUCCUCCAGAGAAGGUACUGGCGCAAACCACUUCGAAGAACGGAUUUACCUGGUUUUUGGUCAAGUGGCGGGAUUGUCCAGUGCUGAGAUCAAGUUGGGAAGGAGAAUCACUCUUUAUACGCUGUCCAGAGAUCUAUGAAAGCUGGAAGGUGGAGAGGAAGAGACAGGCUGAGGGGAAAAGCCAGCCACUGGAAAUUGAGGCUUUCAAUAAAGCAGUGAAGAAGCUCGAGACCGCGGAGAGGCAACGAAGGCUCCUACGGAGACUGAAGCGCAAAGUCAAUCGUGUCCUUUCUAUUGUGACAGAUUGA